AUGGCCAGUAUCAAGUGCCAGUGCCGCAGAGAAGUGCUUAACCUUUUAUCCCGAGCUUUGGACAGAACCGCUUUCCUAGCAGCAAGGGCUUUAUUGACCACUGAACAGAUUCGCUAUUCGCAGGCUUUCUUCCUUCCGCUCAUGGAAGCACUCAUGCAUCCACUUCACUUGCUAAUUCAGCCGUUGACCCUACCUCAGCCCAAGGCAAAGAAGAAUAUUACGUACGAGGACUACGAUUCGUUCCACAUUAGUGAGCCCUGUCCUAUAUGCUCAAAUGCACUCGGUUCAGUUCAGGUUGGACAAUCUCAUAUUAUAGAAAUACAAAUACGCUAUCAAAAAUCUCAUAAAGAAAUGUGA